GUCUUAAAGAGAGGCAAAGGGUUACGAGAAAAUAGCGUGCUAGCAAGUGGUUGUAAGAUGGCUAUUUAUGUAGCCUAUAAAAAAGAAAUAAGGAGUUAUUAUAUUAAGAAAAAAAAUUUAGUUCAUAAUCAUCCACAUGGGCCUGAGCAGUUCGGUAUGUAUAGUUCAGAACGUCAACCAAAAGGUGUUCUCGAGCAGCAGACAAUGCUUCUGCUAUCUCAUGGUGCUAAUCCUACACUUAUAACAGACAAUUUAAACAGGCAUGGUUUAAAGACUAGACCUCGUGAUAUAUAUAACAUAAAGCAAAGAAUGAAAUUUAAAGGUCCUGCACUCGAUGAAGUUAUAAAGGUUCUUGAAUUACCAAACGUCAUAUCCCAUAUUGAUGCCAAUCUUGAUAGAAAAGUAGAGUGUAUAACGUGGACAACUACUGAACAAAUAAAUUUGUUGAAAAAGUAUCCUGAGUGUAUCAUGCUUGAUGGUACCUAUAAGGUUUGUCUUAACAUUGGCUAAGUGUGUGGCGUAAGAUUUUUUUUGAGGGUAUAAUUUCUAUUUAAAAAAAUAGGUAUUUAUAAAAAUAAUGAAUUGCUAUUAAUAAAUUUCCUAAUAAUAUCCAGAUUAACAACUUUUCUAUGCCAUUAUACACAAUGGCUGUUGUGGAUCAAAAUGGCAUGGGGCGACCUGUAGUGCAGUCUUUAGUUUAUCGUGAGGACCAGUCACAUCUACAGCUGCUAAUGACACAUGCUAAGGAAUGGGCUGGGAUUGAAACUUUUCAAAAGUCGAUAUUCAUGGUUGAUAAAGCUCAAGCAGAAAUAUCUGGAC